CCUGGCGCGGCAAACUUCGUGAAUUUUUCAGGGAAUUUUGUGGAUUCUGGUGGAAUUUGUCAUUUUCUUGAAAUAUAGCUUCGAUUUUGAUGGAGUCCCGGUCUUCCAGCGAGCCCUUCCCCUUUCUUCUCCGCUAGGAUCAUCCAUCCACCGAGGGCUUCUCCUCCGCCGCGUCUGAGCGUCUCCCUCCCUGCCUCAUGACCCCAACCGCUCUCCGCGCAAGGGCGUUCGUGCGGAAUCGGGUGCUCUCCUCUCCGCGCUGCGCGUGCGCCUGCUCGCUUGUCUCUUCCCCUGUCGGGUUCUCGGUACCGAAUAAGCUUGGCGAAGACCGUACCUACUACCUAGCCUUGUCCUACCGCGUAUCUUCUUCCCGUUCGUCGUUUCUGGCCGCUCUAGCUGUCAACUGUCCAGCAAAUUCGAACAAUUCCUUCGCUUCUGUUUGUGUUUGGUCACCUAACUCUUCCUUCAGGUGCCAAAUCGAGAUUCUUGUUUGUUUGAUUGUUUUCGUUUUAUUAGCCUCCGUCGUCCACCCCCACCCCUUUCUUUCCUUCUUUUAACUACCUCUGCCGCCGUCGAGUUUAGGUGUAACGAAAAGAUGAUUAGUUGGUUUUCUGAUCUGGGGAUGAGUUCUCGUGCGCAUUUUGGGUUGGUCGUCGCCCACAUUCGGGUGUAGCGAAAAGAAGAUUAGUUGACGUUCUCACAUGGAGUCUGAGUAGCGUGGCUUCAAAUGGCGAUGGUUUGACACCCAUUUUUAGUGUAGUUUUGGGCAAGAAAUGGCAUCCCCUUUCUGCCACAAGCAAAAAGAAGUUGCCGGUGCCCCUGUUUCGCUUAGCUGAACAUUUUUUGCUUAUAAAGAAAUAAAAUAGAAAGCAAGCGGAGAACAAGGGGAGAGACGCCGCCUUGCCAUGUGUAAGCAACGGCCAACGGCAAUGCUUUGUUUGCUUGCAAAGCCUCGUGUGAAAGGGAGGAAUCCGGGAGAACGAUGGUACGGCCGUUGCUUGUGGCGUUCAAUCAGGAUAAAGGUACCUAGUAUUCCAGAGGUGAUUUCUCCUCAUUGACAGAGAGCAAAUCUGGUUCGUGAUCCCUAGUACCAGAGAGGGACACGGUUUUCCUAUCGAUGUGUUAGAGUCAAGUACUCAAGCUUUUGUGGUUCCAAUGGAGUCUAAGCGUGUGAGUGAUCAGGAUGCUUUGAUCGACCUGGAGAGUGGCAAUGGCACUACAGUAAGCAACUACACCAAUUGUGGGGAUGCUAGUUUCACAGUGGGGCAAGCAAGAACAGCGCCUAAUGGUGCGUGGAAUGGUUGUGUGUGUGCCAACGGGUGUCCGAGGGACGACAGGAAUCAGCACAUGGAUUGCUCCCCUCCUGCUUCGGAUGCUGUUGCUAGAAGUGGAGAUGACAGGAAGUCUGAGGGGGAGGAGAAGCUUAUGGACAGCUCAGGAGGGGAGAAGACGAAGAAGAAGCGGUCCAAGAAGCCACCGCGGCCGCCAAGGCCGCUGACACCUACGCCGUUGGAUGUUUCUGACCAGAAGCUCCUCAACGAACUGAGUGAGCUUGCGGUGUUGAAACGGGCAAGGAUUGAGCGGAUGAAGGCUUUGAAGAAGAUGAAGAAUGCCAAGCAAGGGUCCUCGGGUGGCAAUUUGUGCCCCCUGAUCAUUACCAUUAUCUUCUGCAUCGUCAUACUGUGGCAAGGUUUCUUCUCGGGACACGAGUCGGCGGUGAGUUUCCAUGGAUCGCCCGAGUCCUCAGUCAGGGCACACAGCAGUCUGAUCUCCAUCAGGUUCUACAAGAAGAACCAUUCCAAUGUGAGACCACCCAGCGAGACCACCGCAGCCCCUGAUAACGUAGAGACAGUUUCAAGGCUCCUGGAACCGUAACCAAGCGAGAAGAAGGCUAGCUCGGUGACCGAACGCUGCGGGCCGCGGCCACCACCACAGGUACCUGAACGGAAAAGCUCGCCACAUUCUGAAGCCUCUCACCUUGACGACCGGGGCUGUGUAAAUCUUCCGAGACCGCCACUGGCGCUUCCUCCUCGAGCCCCUGCUGUAAAAAUGAACGGACUCCUAGCGUUUUGUGCGCCUGGGUCGCACGCUGACUAGUGAAUCUGUUGGCAGUUGUGCGCCGCAGCCCGCAGGCCAUGGCUCUAGUGACGAGAGCGACGCGAGCAAGCUGUUUGUAUGUGUCUGAUUACAAUAAUAAAAGGUUUCGCGCUGUUUACUGUAUUGGCUUCUACUGUUUCUACUGUGUUUUUGCAACUGUGUAUAUACUGUAGCUGCAGCAGUGCGAACAGUUGGGUUGUGUUUCUAACGUAAUGUGUGGCGCUCUUUUUUU